GCAGAAGACCGUUUGUAACACAAUGGGAAAUGCUACAUUCAUUUGUUUGAAAAAAAAGAGAGUUGUUUUCAUCACAUGUCGUAAAAUGGAGGUCCGAUUCAUACCACUAGAUGUCUCUGUAACACAGACAUUUAUCAUAAUAUGAGUGUGCUUUGAGUGAACCGAGUAAAUGUUGAUGUUGAUGUUAACUGCGUCUGUGCAGUGCAAGUAUGCGUGUGCGUGUGUGUGCGUGUGUGUGUGUGUGUGUGUGUGUGCGCGCGCGUGUGUGUAUAGCUGUUGGUUGUCAACGCAAAAAGUUAUACAUCACAGAGAAAUUACCAUGGCAGCAGAUGAUAAAUAUUUAGCACGACAGCAGUGUAAAUAAGGUUAUCUAUGCUACAUCUGUUAAUUUGUUAGGGAAUUAUAGACUCUGAUAACCAAGAGAGGGUAAAAAUCAAAAUAGUACAGAGGAAAUUCCGUUUUACUGUUGUCCUGUUUCCCUUACUGUAAGUGUGUUUGUGUCUUGAAAGACUAGAGGUAAAACAAAGAAUAUUCCUACUCCAUCUGGGGAUUCCCAUUUGAAAGUAUUGCAGUGGUACUAACCUAUCAAGUAUACACUCACAGCAGGUGGAGUUAAAGCGGCAGCGCGUGACAAAGUGCAGACUUUUAUAGAGGUGUGCUUUGAUGAAAAAAGACAUUUUCACAAAGGCCUGUUAUGGAGACAGGUUAUUCCGCUGUGCCCAAACACAGUGUGAGUGCUGAAUAGACUGAUAAUUGGAUAUUUACCAUGGAGCUCAAUGGUAUACUGAGUGGAGAUCAGAUUGAUGUUCUCUCUACUGUGUAUUUAGUGUUGCUCACUCCCAGUGUGAUUGGGAGUCUUUCUGUCCUGGUGGUUUCCAUAGUGAGAUGGAGGCAUCUAAAAGAACAGGUGCACCUCCUGGUGCAGCUCGCCCUGGCAGACCUCCUGGCUGCUCUGAUCCUGAUGUCCACCAGUGUCAUGAACAAAUUCAGCACUGACAACAGUGUAACCAUCUGCCAACACAGCUUGCCGCUGUCACUGACAUUUUAUUUCAUUUCAUUUCUGCUGGUGGCAGUUUACGCAUGGAAGUCGAAGAGCGCAAUCCAAGGGUGGAGAGCAAGACCCACAGAGGAUCAGGGUGGACAGAGUCUGUGUAGAAAGAAAAUAGUCACUAUACCUGUGUAUGCCAUUGUGUGGUUGAUCCCCAUUGCAAUAUACUUUGCAUAUGUGCUCACUCCAUUCAUAAAAACUACUUUGCUGAUUCCAGUCACUGACAAACAAUUGAACGUGAUCGCCCGUAAUGACAGCAAAUACUGCACCAGUUGUAUUUUGUUCUUGCAUGUCUGGAGGGACUCCUGCCCUGAUGCUGAGAUAAUCCAUGACAUUUUCAUCAGAGUUUUUCUUUUCCUCUUUGUGAUCCCAGUGCUGACGUCUUGCUCUGUAAUUUACUAUAAGGUUGGUAAAUGGUAUGAAAGACAUGAACAGGAGGUGCUUUUUCCUGUGGAGGGAGAUGGACGGUCAAGAAGGAGAUUCAAAAGAGUGUUUUCUACAGCAAGAAAUAUGGUGAUGGUCAUCUUAUUCUGCUGGACACCAGCUCUUGUCCUUAUUCUGCUGUCUACCCUGAUGAUCUGGACAAACGUUGAACAACGCAGCCUAUUUGGCUUUUAUAUGAUACAGGCUGCCAGUGUGUCCCUGCAAGGCUUCCUGAACAGUAUGGUUUACGCAUGGAGACGGCCCAACUUCAUUGAGGCCGUUCUUGGGGAGAAUACACCCCUGGUGGCACAUGACCGCCUGGCUUUCUUUGAAGAAUCACUGCGGAGCUCAUCUUGAUUGUUGACUCUAAACUCUAAAUGCACUGAGACAUUGUCGUGCACAACAUACUGAGGAAGACUGACUGCAUGGAAACAAAGACUCUUUAAACAAGCAACAACUGAUGCAAUGUUUUUCAUUGCAUCUGUUGAAUAGAACAAAGUCAUAGCAUUUUUUUUUUAGAAUUUUUUUUAGAAUAAAUGGGGUCAAAAGGGACUUCUGGAUAAACUGUAGAAUUGUGUUGUAUUUAUGUACUAUUGAUGUACUGUUUUAUUAAGAUUUAAAAGAUGUCAUAGUGGAUUAUGGAAUUAUCAUGGUUUCUAUUUUAUUAUGUUUUGUCACAUAUAUUUAUAUUGUUUGAUAAGGUGCUUUUUGACAAUUUUUUUUAUUCAACAGUCCCUCAGUCCUCCAUAGUUCAAGACAAGAAUGAUGGAAAACCUGUCAGGCUUGCAUUCUUUGCAGUCAUUGUUGUGUCAUUUCAGAAGCACGUGUCACCUACGAUAACACAGAGUUCAGCGUCAGGAGCAUAUACAGUAUGUGUUGGAACAGUGAGGAAGACUGAGUUGUUGCAGACAAGAGAAGGAACACAAUAUCUGCUUUGUCAUGUCUGUGUGAGACCACAACUGAUAAUGUAUCUCAUAAAAAAAAUAAUACAGUGUGUGGUUGUGCAACUGAGGUCAAAUGAGGCAUAUCUGAUAUAUGGUUGUUUACACACACACACACUCAUAAACAUGGGCACAAAAAUCAGUACACUCUCAUGACACAGUAUCCUAAACUCCAUGAUCAUAUUCAAGCGUGUGUGUCUGUCUCUGGGUUGAACUCUCUGUUAAUGGCUGACAGAUGGCAGGUUAUGUAAGUGAUCACCUGACUCACUCAUUUAUUUACUGUACUGUAAAGUUAACUUGAUGUUCAGUUGUGGCUGUGCACAGUCACCAACAUGGGAUUGAUGCAUACGAUAAAACAUAAGGGUUAUACAUAACGCAAGGCUUGUAACCAUUGAAUCAGACAGGAAUAACACUGUUAGAGCUUUGGGAUAUGUCUGUCUGUUUUUUUUUUGCCUGCUUAUAAACAAGUUUUGUUCUGUUCUGUGUGUUUUUCUCCGUUGUGUUCGCUGUGACUUCAGUUGAGGAAAGAAUAACAAACACCUUUGUAUGAUGAUAAGUUGAGCUAUUAUCACAGAUCCAAAUUGUUGCGUCAUUUUACUGUAAUAAAAAGCUAUGCAGCCUUUA